AUGAUAGAAGGUGGAAUUACAUCCAGGAUGUCAGGAAUAAUUGAGAAUGCUGGGCAUCAUCCGUCUCCACAGGACUACAGGCUUCUGACCACGGACCCCUCCCAGCUGAGGGAGGAGGACCUCCCUGGGGACCUGCAGUCUCUGUCAUGGCUCACCUCUGUGGAUGUGCCCCGACUACAGCAGAUGGUUGAUAGCCGGGGCCACAGUAACGGGCCCUCCCAAGGCAGCUUGUUGGAGCAACAGACAGCUCAGCUGAGCAACAUGACUGCGAUGGCAGCGGGUCAAGGCUCCAUGCUCCACCUCCAGAGCAACAUGCAGCACAGCCCUCUGGGAAUCAGCAUCAUUAACACCCACAGCGGAAGUAUGUCUCCCUUCUCCAUGAAUGGGCUGCCCUCUCCAGGAUACCAGUGUCCUACCUCAGUCUACCAGCCUACACCCCAGCAGGUGUACUCUCUGACCCAAACUGGACAACAGUGUUCCACUGGUGGGCUGUAUAGCAAUGUCUCUUUCAACAACCAAAGUCUUUUCACCCAACCUCGUCUGGCUCCACAAGACCAGGAGCUGCAGCCCAAGUCUUUUCCCAAGCCAAUCUAUUCCUACAGCUGUUUGAUUGCCAUGGCUCUGAAGAACAGCAAAACUGGCAGCCUCCCAGUCAGUGAGAUCUAUAGCUUUAUGAAGGAACACUUCCCUUAUUUCAAGACUGCACCUGAUGGAUGGAAGAACUCAGUCAGACACAACCUGUCCUUAAACAAAUGCUUUGAGAAAGUGGAGAACAAGACGAGCAGCUCAUCCCGUAAGGGCUGUCUGUGGGCGCUGAACCCUGCCAAAAUUGACAAGAUGGAGGAAGAGAUGCAGAAGUGGAAACGCAAGGACCUCCCAGCCAUCCGCCGCAGCAUGGCCAACCCUGAUGAGUUGGACAAACUGAUCACAGACCGCCCGGAGAACUGUAGACGUAAGGCUUUAGAGCCCGGCAUGACCCGGCUGCCCGGCUGCCCCACUGGCCUCCCGCUGUCCGUCCCAGCCCAGAUGCAGCCUCAGCCAAUAGUCACGCUGUCCCUGCCCUGUUUACCCAUGCACCACCACCACCACCAGCUUCAGGCCCAGCUCCAUGCUCAGGCCCGUCUGGCCCCUAUGUCCCCUGCACCAGCCCAGACACCUCCCCUCCACACGGUCCCUGACUUGUGCCACAGUCCACUCAACCAGCACUCCAGCAAGCCGCCAGAUGAUUUCUACAGUAUGCACGGUGAUACACACACAGAGGUGGAUGCACUGGACCCCAGCAUCAUGGACUUUGCCCUUCAAGGUAAUCUGUGGGAGGAAAUGAAGGACGACAGCUUUAACCUGGAUGCUUUGGGUACCUUCAGUAACUCACCCCUCCGACUAUCAGACUGUGACUUGGGAACAGCCAACAUGACUCCCGUCUCCAAUGGAUCAAACCUGCAGCUGUCAGAUGUGCAAGUUACGGGCCUCUACGCUUCCUACACCUCCCAGGACCACCUGUCUUCUCAGUACAUGGGCGCGCCAGCCAACAGCAAGCCCAUCGCCCUGUUAUAA